AACUCUCUCCCGAUUACGCGCGUAGCUCGACGAUGUUCGACAUUCACAUUCCGUGUGCCUUUGUAGGACGCUUUCAGCAUUCAGCGGUGCAACGCUAAUGACGCUCGCGGCGUGGCCGUAAGAUGGACGAAAUUCGAGAGCAGCCGAGAGCAGAGUGUUGCAUUUCGCGAUAUUCAGCGGCGCCGAGAGCCGACAGAGGAUCGUCACCCUUGACUCAGUUGAACGGGAGAUUAGCGGCCUCGUCGGAAGGUAAGGACAAGGGAAAGAGAGACCGAGCGAGCGAGCGAGCGAGCGAGCGAGCGAGCCUCCGGCUUAGCGAAUGGAGGAUAAGAGGCGUCGGAUAUAAUUUUAGCAUGCGUCCCGGUGAGAAUACCGGUCGGACGACGCGUAUAUAUACAAGUACCAGCCGUCACGGCUCUUGCACUCGGUUAGACGGGCAGGAGGUAAACGCGUCGUCGCCGUCGAAAUAGCGCAAAUCUCCGCACAGCUCCGAGAGAGGAUUCGUCGCGGCGAUUUUGCAGAGAGGUCACAACUGGGUCACAUCAAAAUGUCGGCUAUCCGCGUGAGCGUUGUCGUGCUGUUCACUUCGAUGGCGACUUGCGCGGCUACGCCGAUUUUCUUCGCUCAUCCUGGAACAGUGCUCGCCCAUCCAGCUGUCGUAAUUAAUUCCGCACUGGAAGAUAGCUUGCCUAACGCACUGCGAAAUGACUUUUACAAAGAUCCGUACAUUGCAGCUGGUCUCGCUAAAGAGUCCUGGUUUAUCGAUAAAGAGACGCAGGUACUCGACAGGGAAUCGGACAAAAUACCCAGGGAGAAGAUUUACAGCGUGCUGCAUAACGCGGGAUUAGCUCGUAGAUAACAGAAAAAGCUACAUUAUAAAUAGCUACAUCAGCAGUAUCCAACGAACGUAUUUUCAGCCGGAAAUUAGAACAGCGAUCCACAUCUUCGCAAUUCGCGUAAUACCAUUCCGUAAUAACGCGGUACUGUCCGCACUCUGUUAAAUAAGUUGAGAGAAUCAUAUGUGCUGGCUAUAAUAAAAGGAGACGUGAGAAAUUAUGGGGCGAGUUUGUUUUUCCGAUUCCCUCAAAUAUCGCAGUGUGUCGAGGUCCGUCGAAGCAGCAAAAUGGGAAU